CAUAAUUCCCGUCGGAAUGGCUGUGAUCGCCUCCCCCCGUUCUGUCCAGAAACGGGGAUGGAGCAUCCUCCAGCAUCACAUGCCUCUGUACCUGCUCUCUCCUCCAACAUGGACCAGUGUUUGGUCCUGACGUCAGCCGUUACCGCCCUGCCUGCAGUAUCGGAGCCUACAGAGGAGGAUGGAGACUGAAGAAAGCGGCCUCGUCGUGAAUCCCAUCCGGAGCUGGAAUUAAAAAACUGCACCGAGAUCCCCCGGAGACAAGUGUUAGGGGGAGAGAAAAAAAACAAGAAAACUUUCGGAUGGGGACACCGAAUCGUGGACCUUUAACGUCUGGCGCGAGCAAAGAUGCCCCGCAACUGCGGGACGCGAGGGAGCGGCGGGCUGUGUCGCUCCGGUCGGGGGGUUCCUCAGUUUGGCGGAGCUCCCGUGGAGGCGAUUUAGGGAAGACGUUCACCGGGUAGACAUCUCCAAACCCCUCCCAACAGCUACGGGCGGCACCGCGGAUUUGAUCGCGAGGUGAAGAGGUACCUUUUUAAAAGGGUGGAGCUGCGGUUCCUUUAAUAAAUGAUGAGGAAUUCCGCUCUAAUUGUGAAAGGUGGAUUUGAUGUUUAUGUCUGACUGACGCCGACACUCAACCUCGGCGCCUUGUUUUCGUAUCCGAACAAUGACACAGGUGAUGUUAUGUCACCGGAGCGACCGCGAGGGACGACGGUGGCCGCUGGCCGGUGCGGGACCACCUCUGGCAUUCAUCUGAAAGCGCCCUGAUCGCGGCUCCUCCAUGGAGGCUGUUUAUGCAAUCCGACGCAGUGGUUGCAAGUGGGCUGAUCUGAAGCUACCCCGCCGCCCGUGAAUGAUAUGAUCCCCCCCAGAACUGCCAGGCCUUUUUAUGUUUCUGUGAAAUAUGCCCAGGCCUUGCGUAAAACACAAAGUGAGCGGGCUGUCACCGCGCAGCGAUGAGACGACGCUCUGAGACGGGGGCCCCUCUCUGAAUUUAAAACAAAGCGGGGACAUCCAUCGAGACCGACCAUGUCGAAAGUUGUCAGCAACAAGGAGAAGAAAUCCUUCAGCAAGAAGCUGUUCAGGAGGAGCUCGGUGCGCUCCGUGGGGAGCUUCAUGAACAGAGUUCUCCGGACUCUUUCCACUCUAUCUCAUUUCGGCACCGAGGAGCAGGCCGCCGAGGACGAGAAGGACGAUGCAACUUUGCUCCCGAGCACCACGGGGGGGUCGGUGCCGUCUGACGACAGCGACUGCGGGGUCAUUUUCACCUUCGGCGACAAAGUUCCGGGCGUCGCCGGGCUCAAGAACCACGGCAACACCUGCUUCAUGAACGCUAUCUUGCAGUGCCUGAGCAACACGGAGCUCUUCGCCGAGUACCUGGCCCUGGAGCAGUUCAAAGGAGCGGAGACGAGCGGCGCCAACGACAAGGCCAAGUCUAACGGGGUGCUGGUGCAGAAGAAGGGGUGCCUCCAGCAGCAGAAGUCGGGGGAGGUGACCGAGCAGCUGUCCGGUCUGGUUCGGGCGCUGUGGACCUUCGAGUACACACCUCAGCACAGCAGAGACUUCAAGAAUGUGGUGUCGAAGAGCGCCCUCCAGUUUAGGGGUAACUCCCAGCACGACGCCCAGGAAUUCCUCCUCUGGCUGCUCGACAGGGUUCAUGAAGACCUCAACCAGAUCAUCAACCCCGACAGCAGACCUCCUAGGAAGCCUCCAGUAGAAGAAGAAACUGUCCCUGAAGGAUCUCCACUACCAGCACCUGGCUCUUUUGUACAGGAACUGUUUCAGGCACAAUAUAGGUCCUCCCUGACCUGCCCUCACUGCCAGAAGCAGAGCAACACCUUUGAUCCUUUCCUCUGCAUCUCACUGCCAAUCCCGGUACCUCACACACGGCCCCUGUAUGUGACAGUGGUGUACCAGGGAAAGUGCUCCCACUGUAUGAGAGUCGGUGUGGCCGUGCCUCUCUCUGGCACCGUGUCCAGGCUGAGACAAGCUGUGGCCCAAGAGACCAAAAUCCCCAACCAACAGAUUGUCCUCACUGAAAUGUACUACGACGGCUUCCACCGCUCGUUCUGCGACGACGACGACGACCUCGAGAUCAUCCAAGAGAGCGACUCCAUCUUUGCCUUCGAGACACCCGAGCUGUUCAGACCGGAGCAGAUCCGCUCCAAGCGAGGCGGGAGCCCACAUGCCAAUCUCAACCAGAACAACCUGAAGUACGGCACGGAUAAUAACAGGAUAUCCACACAGAUACAAGAGCCUACGACGCCGCCGCAGAGCCCCAACAAGAACAGCGGGCAGGCCGAGAAGAUCGUCCUGCUGGUGUGCAACAGAGCCUGCGCAGGACAGCAAGGACGCAGGUUUGGUAAUCCGUUCAUUCUAUACUUGGAGCGUACGGUGACGUGGGACAUUCUGCAGAAAGAGAUCCUGGAGAAGAUGAAGCAUCUUCUGCGCCCUGGAGUUCUUGUGCAGGUAGGACCCUUCACUUUGCGUGUGGUAGGAGUGGUUGGAAUCACGUACCUCUUGCCCCAGGAGGAGCAGCCACUCUGCCAUCCCUCUGUGGAGAGAGCAUUCAAGUCCUGUGGUCCCGGAGGACCCCCUCAUGUCAAAAUCGUUGUGGAAUGGGACAAGGAGACGAAAGACUAUCUGUUCAAAAGGACCGAGGAUGAAUACAUCCCAGAUGCUGAAAGUGUGCGUCAAGUAAAGGAGCAGCACCUGCAGCCUCAGACCUGCUCGCUGGCCCAGUGCUUUCAACUCUACACCAAAGAGGAACAGCUUGCGCCUGACGAUGCAUGGCGAUGUCCUCACUGUAAGCAACUCCAGCAGGGAAGCAUCAAGCUCAGUCUGUGGACGCUGCCAGACAUCCUCAUACUUCACUUGAAACGCUUUAGACAGGAUGGGGAUCGACGAAUGAAGAUGCAGAACAUGGUGAAGUUCCCUCUGACUGGCAUGGACAUGGCACCACAUAUGGUGAAGAGGAGCCAAAGCAGCUGGAGUCUCCCCUCACACUGGUCGCCGUGGAGACGGCCUUAUGGGAUGGGCCGUGAUCCGGAGGACUACCUUUAUGACCUAUACGCAGUGUGUAACCAUCAUGGGACCAUGCAGGGAGGACAUUACACAGCUCACUGCAAGAACUCCAUUGAUGGACAGUGGUAUUGCUUUGAUGAUAGCGAUGUUAAUCCCAUAUCUGAAGAUGACGUCUGCAAGCAGACUGCCUACAUCUUGUUUUAUCAGCGACGUGCCACAAUCCCAUCAUGGUCUGCCAACAGUUCUGUGGGAGGAUCCACCAGCUCCUCCUUGUGUGAGCACUGGAUUAGCCGGCUGAUGGGAAGUCGUCCACCCAGCCAAGCCUCAUCUGGUUCCUCCAGACGCACCUCACUGGCCUCCCUCUCUGAGUCCGCUGAGUUUGCUGGUGAACGGAGCGAGGACGAUGGCUUUUCGAAUCGACCAGCAGUGAGAGGCAUGCAAAGGCAAACAUUCUCCUCAAGAUCCUCCAUUGCCAGCCCGCUAGUGCUGAGUGAAAAUGGCACAAAACCAUCCUGGCCACACUCGGCUAAGCUCCAGCUCCGCUCCAACUCACCUUCGCGCUUUUCCCUGGAGUCCCACUCCUCCUCGCCGACACUGGAGAGGAUAGGAGAGGUGGUUGAUAACAAGCUGUCAGCCUCAUGUUUCCCUGGGUCACCUAAGCCAGAGAAACUGUCAGGGGGCAAGUCGGCCCUUGCCACUUUGGACAGUAAUGCAGGCGGUAAGAGGCUGACAGAGCAGGUACACUCCAAGGCUGUGGCACAGACAGAGCAGAGGAGCUCAAUUCAGCCAGGGGAUAACAACAAUGGAGUCACAUCUACUGAACAGGUCAGUCCUCGACACGGCGUCGCUGCGAAAGAGCCCAAACAAAGAAAUGGGACUGCGGAUGGUCCAGCUGCGAAAAGAACCUCAGCCAAGACUGGCAUAGAGAGUGAAAGGAGUCCCAAGAAACGCCCUGCCACCUCCUCAACAUCAUCCAGCUCUCUCUCUCCUGCAUCUCCAGCCAUCGACAAGUCACCGUCUCGAACGCAGCCCAAGGGUGUAGCAUCAGCGUCGAACCCUAAGGACAAAAGUGAUGCGCCACCUAAAAACAGCAGGAGUGGUUCCUCAAGAACAGCAACCCCCUCCAAGAAAGGGUCAGCCCAGACCUCAGAGGUAUUACAUCCAGACUCAGCCCAGCAAAGGAAGAGUGGUUCUCCGGGAUUACAGAGCUCACACCCUCAGAGGAAGCCGUCACCCAGAGCGGGUGCCGAAAAAAGCUCAGCCUCAGGAAGGACUAAAGCAGCAGACAGGAGCACUAGCCGUGAAUCCUCACGGACCAAUGCAGUGUCAGAGAGGAAAGUUAGCCACGGAGGUCCCCCCUCCAGGUUGAAUUCAGCUAGUAAGGGGGAUGGUCGGCCAGGUAGGCCUGCAGAAAACAGGGCAGCAGGUCGAAGCUCAAGCAGCAGCUCGUCCAUGGCUAGCCUCCGUUCCUCAAGCGUAGGUGUUUCCUCUGCGAGCGCAGCUCCACCAACAAGGGGACCUCGAAGGAACAGUAAGACAGAGGACAAAGGUUUGUCCUUCUUCAAAACAGCUCUGAGGCCCAAAGAGACCCGUAAACCAAGCGAUAGUGGGAAAGCAGGGGCGGGAGACGCCAAAGGAAGUCCCGAGGAUGGUAGUGGGGACGCAGCCAGGGAAGGCAUCCAGACUAAUGCGACCACAGCCAAAGACAAGGAAUCCUCUAAAGCGUCAGCUGCAUCGAAACAUUCGCUGCUGCCCAACACCAAGUCUAAACUCUCUGCAGCAGAAACUAACAGCCAAUCCUCUGCCACAGCGAAGGACCCUUCAAAGAAAGAGCCUGCUAAAAAGACGUUACAGUCCAGGAAGAUCCCCAUCAAUUCUACACAAACUAGCCAGAGAUCCAAGUGACUGAGGGUCUGACAACAAUCUCUCCUGUGCAGCUCUGGGGUGUUUUAACCAUCAAACUAGACUAGGUGUCCGAACAACUUUGAAGCACCUGUAGCUUUUCAGUGUUCACUGAAUACCAGCUGCCAUAUUGGACACUUCCUGUCCACCUUGUUAAAUAGCUAUUUAGGAAUGGAUUUUAACAAAGCACUUUGUAUGGAUUGCAUUGAUUUUGGGGAAUAUUAUACUGUAUUGUAAAUAAGCAUGGACAUGUAUUGAAAUUAUUGCCUUGUUCUGUCUGUAGCAUUGUUGGGAGAAAGACGUCUUGGCCGGAGGAGGAAAUAAAAGUCACUUUGCACAAGAAGGGAAGAGGAUAUAAAUGGUGGAAAGAAACUUUUGAGACACAUCAAACGUGGACUGCUCAGUCACCAAAGGAAGUUUACUGGCAAUUUUUAACAUGCUGAUGCAGUGGAGUAUUUUCAACAAUCUUUAUGUACAGCUCUCCUUCAGUACCGAGAGCCAUAUGUCAACAACAACAAACGUCAGUGCCUCAGAUAAUCAAAGAGAAAUAUUUAAUCUAAAUUGUAUAACUGCAGGUGUUGGUAAAUUUGUAACUCAAUUUUAAUAUUUAUUUAGCACUGAAAAUGUAAUUUCAAGUCAAACACAAUUACGCCUAUUUAACCUGAACUGCUGUUUACAUAUGCUCUUUAAUGUAGUAACCCUGCAACAGCCUUUAACAUUUCCGUCCAGCCAAAAUCUGACUGUCAUCGAGAGGCCGAGGAGAAGUGCAGGGCCGAGGCACGCGUUGCUGGCGCAGAACGUCCGGAGGCCCUGGUUUAAAGCGGUUCUUACGAUGUUUGUGUUUUGUUUAACGGCCCGUUGCGCCUCGGCCGGCCUCCGGCCUGUCACCACCUCUGCCCUCCGGCUGCUGAUGCCAACACUCAGCGGCGGCUCCUCAUGGGGAUCAGCCUCUUCAGACUGCCAGACAUCUCCAAACAUUCCUCUCAGAUGAACACAGGGUCUAAUGUAAAAAGCCACCAUGCACACGACAUUCAAAGACAGCUCGGAUGCCUUCGUUGUACACCACACACGUGCGCAUGGUGCGUUUGAGUCCGCCCCAUCCUCUGUCUUCACGCGUGACAUCCCAGCUUGCGCACAUCUUUAGCAGCUCGCAAUCUCAGAACAGGUCGACGCGCUGACAUGACCGAGAAAGGAAAUCACCGUUCUUGAAGUAUAUGACAGUUGUUGCAUGAUAAAAUUGCUUAUGCAUGCACUUAACUAUGCAAGCAGAUCCUUGCUAAUGCCCACACCGAGUAUGUAGAAGUGCUUACUCCUGGAUGUGUAUUUAUUUCUAAAUUGUAUAUUUAUUUUUUUUCGUUUAUUUUUUUCCAAAUGCCAGCAUCAGAGAGCAUGUUAAGGCAUCCUUUAUUAAAGCUUUGUUUGCACAUUAAAUCAAAGUAAUAUACAUUUUGUAUGAAUGAUAAGUAUUGCUCAUUCACCCUCUCAAAGUAAAUCACUUGCAAAUGAACGUUUUCUGGUUUCAUUUGUCUCACUUUUUUAUUCUUCUCCACGGUCCCAUUUUUUUAACACGAAGGUUUAAAGUUUUGUUGCAGUUUACAACUUGUGGUAUGUUGUUUUUUUUUUAUUACUCAUUACCUGUAACAAUUUACGACAAAUGUAAAUAAAUGCUAAUAAAUAGAGAUUUAUAGUGA